CUGCGGGGCGCGCGAGGAUUCUCAGGAGCAGCGGGCCGAGUUGGUGGUGAGCAGGCCAGGUACUCAGGCGGGGAUGGAGAGCCCGGCGGAGUGCGGACCCCCGGCCCCGCAAGCCGAGCUGGAGCAACCCGUCGGAGGCGCCCUGGGCGGGACUCCCGAACUGCGCGCGGGCGCCCGCGGCCGUCUCAGGGAGCCGGGGUACGUGGAUACCGACCCUUCGGACCCGGCGGACGGCAUCCCGAGCGCGCCCCUCGGGAGGCGGCCCCGCGGGGGCCCCGCGGAGGAAGGCGGGAGGCCCGAGACGCCGAGUGAUGCGCCCCUUGGGCCGCGGCCGGGCCGCCCGGCGCCCCGGGACCCGGCGGCGGGCGGCUCCCCGCAGCUGCGGCGCGGCCCGGGGGGCGCGGACGGCGGGACCGAGGAGGAGAGCGCGGGCGCGCUGACGCUGGACCCUCUAGAGCACGCGUGGAUGCUGUCGGCCGCCGACGGUCGCUGGGACAGCCUGGAGGGGCUGCUGGCCUGUGAGCCCGGCCUGCUGGCCAAGCGCGACUUCAUCACCGGCUUUACCUGCCUGCACUGGGCGGCCAAGCACGGCCGGCAGGAGCUGCUGGCCCUGCUAGUGCGCUUCGCGGGCCAGCACCGGCUGCCGGUGAACAUCAACGCGCGCACGAGCUGUGGCUACACCGCACUGCACUUGGCGGCCAUGCACGGGCACGUGGAGGUGGUGAAGCUGCUGGUGGGGGCCUACGACGCGGACGUAGACGUGCGCGACUACAGCGGCAGGAAGGCCUCGCAGUACCUGAGCCCGAGUACCGCCGAGGAGAUCCGGACCCUGGUGGGCGCCCUGGACGAGGACGAUGGCGAGAGCAACGUGGGCAGCGGGGGAGGGCGCUGGAGGCUCUCGAAGGUGCUGCCAUCGCACCUCAUCUCCGGCAGGCUCUCCCACGCCCUGGAGGACAGCGGGGACCAUCACCACCACCACCACCACCACCACCACCACCACCUGGCUGAGGGACCGGCUGUGGGCAAAGCAAAGGAGCCAAGUCGCAAAGCCUCAGGCAGCACUAGUGGGCGGAUGAAGCCCAGACUUAACAAAAUCCGUUUCCGAACCCAGAUCAUCCACACCACACCCUCUUUCAGAGACCCGGAGCAGCCCCUGGAGGAAGGGGAGGACAUAGAGGAGGACCGGUCUCUCAAAGGCCACUCAUCCUCAUUCAAAUUGAGGCCCAAGUCCAAUGUAUUUGGGUAAAAAGAAUUUCUUUUAGAAAAUUUUAAGGCUUGUUUGUCGUCAGGAAUACGAUACCGGGUAUAGACAAGGAAUUGAGACCAGAAAAGUCUUAGGCUUAACGCUGCAUUCUUACUUGGGUUAGAAAAGAUGGGCAGGAAUUUUCCUUAGCAGUGGGACUGCGGUGGAUUUCCAAGUGAUUCCUCAAACCUUGACACCAGCCUCUUCUCCCAUACCACCCCUCUCUCCUGGAGUCCCUGUUUCUGAGGACUAGAAAUGCAUCUAAGUCAAGGGCACAGAAUGGAUUGAGGGUUCCUUUGAUUUAAACAUUGCUGGAUACCUUGCAAAGUAAGGAGUAUUGCGCCUCUCUGUAACUGUUUUUUAAAAUGGUUACUUUUCCAAGAGCAACAAGAAAUGCAAAUUGUAAUGAAACUGAUAGUAUUUGUGUGUACAAAACUACAUACUGCCCUGUGUUUUUACUAAUUGCGUUUGUCUUUGAGAUACUACUGAAGGUCAGGUACGAGUUGAAAUGCACAAAUACUAAUUAGAGAAUAAUGUGAAUACAGUUAGGAAUCCUGUUGGUACGCUGCUUGUGUUGUAAAUAGCGCUCCAUUCUUUUUCAAAAGCAAGUUCAGCUUUAAUCACUGAACUAAAGAAACAGUCAACAUUUAUUUUGAGUUAAUCUGUUGUGCGGUUUCCUCUUAACUCUAAUACCACUGCACUCAGUAUUAAGGUACAUUAUUAAUAACUACACACGUUUUUAUUUAAAGAAAACACUUUUAACAACCUAUGGUACUUUUAAGUAAAUAUUGCCUCUGGUUCUAAUUCUCACUAACUUGUUUUGCUCUUCUAAAAGUCUAAAUUUUUCGUCUGAGUUUUUAUUCUGGGGAUCAUAUAACCCCAGUCUCUACUUGACCCUAUUUGAAGGUGCUUAGUGUUGAAUUGCCUACAGAAACUGUUUCUAGUUUAGAUGGCUAGCAAAAAUUGGCAUAAAUGUUAGUCUGUGCUUCUAUGAAGUAAUUAUCCAGUCAACUUAAUGAUUCUUAUGUAAGGUACACCUUUUAUUUUACUAAUAAAACACGUUCAUGGUUUCUAUA